AACGAAACGAAUGGGCGGAGAGUCGGAGAAAUCCCCAACAUUGUUUAUAGGUAAAUUGUGUUGAAAUUCUUGCGUUUCCAUUAUUUUAUUUUACAAUGGCUCGUUGUUAAAUUAGUGAUCGCGAACUAAUGACGAUUUUUCUUCAAAAUGAAUAAUAUAACUUUGCCGGACACUGUGUGACUCUGCGACCAUUCGCUACCCAUUGAUAAUUUUCACUGAACCAAUGCAACCAAAUAAAUCCAAAAACGUCAAUAAAUCUAACAAAAUGAGUAAAAUGUCAUUUGGGCGUAAAAGGAGCUGCUGGAAAAAAAAUUAUAACUCAGAUGGAGGAAAUCCCAUAAAAAACGCUUCAGAAUCCGGCGUAAUAACUUGCGCUAUAUGUGGAAUAAAACGACAUUAUAAAUUCAUCAAACAGACACGUAAAUUCGGUCUGCAUAGCUGCGAACCGUGUCGUAAAUUCAUUAGUUCAAUGAUAUUAUAUGUUAAAAAUAGAGAACAUGUACUUCUGAAGUGUGCUAAAAAAGGUGCGGAAAAUUGCGUUAUAUCAGAAACAGUUCCAAAAAAUGGAACUCCAAGGUCAAAAAAAGAUGCACUUUCCAAUCUCCGAUGUAAGGCAUGUUGGCUGUUACUAUGCUUAAAAAAAUACGAGAUGCCGCUUGGUCUGAAGAAAUCUCUUGCUCAAUUUCUUACCGAGGAUUUUAGACCAUCCGAUUUGAUCAAUUCAGACGGCUGCGAAUUAGAUUUUAAAAACAUAUCCAAACGAAGAUCUCAUCAAAGCUAUAGAGAAGACCCAGUAAAAUCGUGUAUGCAAGUCUUAUCAGAGAAUUAUAUCAAGAGUGUGGGUAUAGACGAAUCAGAAGAUUCUAAGAAAAUUGUCAUCCUUCGAAUCAAAUGUUAACAGAAAAUAGUUCCUUCGGAUAAAACAUAUGGAUUUCCUGUUCAGUUGUAAACUAGAUAAUAUUAAAAUCAACUUAUUCGCUUAAUUUUAAGAAUAUCAUUACAUUUUAGGAACUUCGUAAUCGUAACGAAAACAAUUUCAGAAGGAAAAUUUAGGUUCGAUGGUGAAUGUCGAGGGUGUGGAUAAUUGGAAGUUUGGUUGUCAGUUUUAUUGUAAUUAGCAUGUUAGUUAUAGUAUUUUUUUAAAGCGUAGAACCAAUAUCGAAGUGUUCCCGAGGUAGUGAAAUUUUACCUUACCCCUGUGGCAACUGACUGAUAGGAUGUAAUUUGAAACGCGAUCAUAUAAACUUCAAGAAUAUGUGAUCAAAAAAAAAAUCCAAUGAUUGCAGAAUAUGCUUUCAUACGAAUUUUUCGAUUAUUUGUUGCGUUACCAAACGAAUAUUUUUAUUUGUAUUUUAUGUUAUACGGACAAACCUGAUUUUUUCAAAAGGUCAAGAGGUCAUUUUUAAUAUAUCAAAAUCUAUAACAGACUGCGUUUGAUUAGACAUCGCGACGUGUCUAAUUUAACAAAUUUUUAUUUUAUCCUUAUAUACGCUGCUUUUUGUACUUUUUUUUUUUUGUUAUUUUUUUCUUAUGUUCGUAAAAGAUUUUAUACCGAAGUUUUUCAAUCUAUUGAUACGUUCGAAUCCAUCGUCUAACCGAGUUUCGUAAUUUAGUGCGGCAUGAACCGAUCUUCAGUCAGGCUUAAUAAUUCUGUAAGUGAAUAGUGGGUUGUUUCUUAAAUACCGUAUGUAAUAAUUUUUCUAUAAAUAGGAAGAACUUAGGGAUCGUUUUAUAAUAAUUUUACAUUUGAAAGCUUUGCAUGAAUUUUUGUCGUGUAAUUGAACGUUAACUGAAGUCAUUAAUUGUAAAUUACAUAUAAAUUGUGAACUUUCGUGAAAAGCAGGGCUAAGAAUAAAUCGCGGCUGGAUUUCGUUCCGCAAUUUUUUUUCGUUCUUUGAUUUGAAUUGAAAGUUCAUGUUCAAAAAAUUAUUAUUUUUAUCACCGAGAAGAGUGAGAGUGCGUUUGGUUUUUUUCGCGUUAUUUUACGGUCUCGGUUGAGAUGUCGGAAUAUAUAUCAAUCGGAUUUUUCAAAAUGCUUGAUAAUUACUGUCUACACGAUAAAUGUCGCUUUUUGUGUUGAAAAAAGAAAAAACUUUCUUUUUCACUUAUUUUGUAAUGUCUUUCAUUUUUUUUUGAAUUAUUAAAAAAUUUAACGAAACGAAAAUGUGUUGACAGUAAUGAAAGCAAACACGCCUAUAGGAAUUUCGAGUUAUUCAGUAGAUGUAUUUGUUAGUGUUUUUUUAGAUUGAGGGCGAAUAGUGACUUUAUUACGUAAACAUUACGUUCUUUAAAGAAUUCUCGUUACGAAUUAUCUCAAAAGAACAUCAUGUUUUGUUUUUUAACAUCUUAUGGCAUGACUUUACAAAUGAUCCAAUCAUUUUUAGUUGAAGUUCACAUGUGAACUUUUACAUAAAAAUCCGAUGUUGAGAUAGAUGGAUGUGAUACUCUAGUCUUGCAAGCAAAUUCAAUCAACUAGACACACCAUAAUUUCACUUCGGAAAAUAUUUUCGAUUUAAAAACGUCUUAUAAAUCGAAAGCAAUAUUUCUUGCCAUUUUUGUUUACGUAAAAUACGGUCACUUUACUAUUUAAUAUUCUGGUCCAUUUUAGUUAUUUAAUUAUGCGAGUCAGUGUUAUAUGUACUUUUUUUUUUUUUUUUUUUUCUAUGUGUAAGGUUUUAUUUAGUAAAUAUUGUUACCAAAUGGAAUUAGUACUUUACGCAAUGGAAUAUCGUUCACAAAGAAGAAAACGUUACAACUGUCAAUUCUUCGUUUUGUAAUUUAAAAAUUAGGAAGCGACAUUUGGUAACAGUAUGAUAGUUCUUUAUUUUCUAUUUUUUUUCCUAAAGUACAUACGAUGAUUUUCUUGUUAUGGUGAACAUUUUGUGAUAACAAACUUGUAUAAUUGUUGGAUUUUGAUUUCGAAUUAACGAUUGUGUUUGAAAUUUCCAAAAUAAAUAAAAUAAUUAUGUAA